UUCUACAAAUUAGAACUGUAGUUGAUAGUACCUUAGAGGCCCCUCUGGCUACAUCGCAAUUGCGCGGGCAGCAGCGAGCCAGCCGGGCCAAGAUCCCGGCAGCAGCGACAUACAUUACACCCGCAAUUCAGCGCGACUUACGACGCGCAACUUCUUACAAACACCGUCCUUGGUUUCGCUCUCAAUCACGUCUCCGAUUCCUGCCAACGAAGCCCAAUCUACCACCAUGGUAGUCAGCCCCCUCUUGACGGAGCCGAUGUCCUAUGAGCCCAUCGAAACCCGCCUUGCCGCCAUGCGCGCUGCUCUAUCCGAAGGCUUCUCUCCAAACGAACUCGACAAGCGCCCCCGCGGUGUAGGCCGCCCACUAGACUGGGCAAUCGAAGAUGGCGCUCCCGCCGACUUUGCCCAUCUCAAGCAAAAUCUUCCUAUUGUCCAUCUGCUCCUCGAAGCCGGGGCUGAUCCCAGGCUUCCUUCUCGGGAUCCGCGUGGCCACUCGCCAAUUGAUUCCCUAGAGGCCUGGUUCAAGCAGUAUGAGAUCAGAGGGCAUAAAUUAGGCCCUGAGCAUUUGGAGCUGAAACCGUUCUUUGAGAAGGCUUUGGAAGCUAUGAAAAGAGUUGCGGAUGAGCUUAAUGGUGAGUUUGCUACGCUAUCGUGUUGUGUAUUUUUGUUGUUCUUUAGCUAAGCCAAAGCGCAAUUAGCAAAAGACGCCGCUGAAGCUGCUGAAGCCGCCAGGAAAGCUCAGAAGGAGAGGUCAUUGUUCGAGAGGCUGAAGUUUUGGUGACGCGAUCGAUGUAGCUACAAUAGGUGGCAACAUAUUUAUCGCGGAUACAUCUCUGUUCCGUAAUCCAACGUCUGGGGUUUUGAU